AUGAGUUCACCUACGAACCGUCGGCACCGCAACCGCGGCAGUUCAGACGAACAUGGCAUCUUCGACGAUGCCAAGACGUACUACACCUCUGAGCGUCACAACAAUCGGGCGGGCCCUCAUGAACCCUCGACGUCUCACGGGCGGCGCUUCCUCGUCAAUGUCCAGUCGACCUUGGACAGUCUCCAGGAACAGGAGGAUACCGACGGAAAUAUGCAGAUCACCAUCGAAGACGAAGGGCCCAAGGUUAUCACGCUACGCACCGCGGGCUCGGCUGGCCACAACAAAUUCGACAUUCGCGGCACAUAUAUGUUGUCUAAUCUACUGCAAGAGCUCGUCCUUGCCAAAGAGUACGGACGAGAACAGAUCAUCCUCGACGAAGGCCGCCUCAACGAGAACCCAGUGAAUCGCCUAUCGCGUAUGGUCAGUGAUCACUUUUGGGAUGGCCUGACUCGCAGAAUCGAUGCCUCAACCGUGGAGAUCGCUGCCAAAGACCCCAAAGACUGGACCGACAACCCCCGCCCAAGGAUCUACGUUCCGGUUGGGGCUCCUGAACAGUAUGAAUUCUACCUUCAGGUUGCAAAGGACCGACCGGAGAUCAACCUCGAUGUCCAGCUUCUUCCCGAGGUCAUCACGCCCGAACUCGUACGUGGGAUGAACGACAAACCUGGACUCCUAGCUGUGGCCAUGGAAAAGGUGAAGGACGAGAAGACAGGAGAGGAAACCCUCAAAGGUCUGCCUUUUGUUGUCCCUGGCGGUCGGUUCAACGAGCUCUACGGCUGGGACAGCUACAUGACGUCCCUGGGUCUCCUUGUUAACGACAGGGUUCAGCUGGCCAAGUCCAUCGUCCUGAACUUCUGCUUUUGCAUUGAGCACUAUGGAAAAAUUCUCAACGCCACCCGCUCCUACUAUCUCUGCCGCUCACAGCCUCCUUUCCUUACGGACAUGGCGCUCCGAGACUUUCUCCGCACUUCGCUGCUGGCUGCCAUGAAAGAAUACCACAGUGUCUGGGUCGCCGAGCCGCGACUUGAUCCUGUCACUGGUCUCUCCAGAUACCGACCCGAGGGGAAAGGCGUCCCUCCUGAGACGGAGGCUGACCAUUUUGUCCACGUGCUGGAGCCCUACGCUGCGAAGCACGGCAUGACAUGGCAGGAAUUUGUCAAGGCCUACAAUGCCGAGGAUGUCAAGGAGCCGGAGCUUGACGAGUACUUCAUGCACGACCGCGCUGUACGCGAGUCGGGCCACGAUACGUCGUACCGCCUGGAGAAGGUCUGCGCAAACUUGGCGACCAUCGAUCUCAACUCCCUCCUCUUCAAGUAUGAGACGGACAUUGGUCGCACGAUCCGUAAUGUCUUCGGCGACAAGCUCGUCAUCCCCGCCGAGUUUGCGGUUGGGCCUCUCAAGGCUGGCUCGGUAGAGUCGUCAGCUGUCUGGGAUCGCCGAGCCAAGCGCAGAAAGCUGGCGAUUGACAAGUAUCUCUGGAACGAAAAGGAGGGCAUGUUCUUCGACUAUGACACGGUCAAGAAGCAGCAGUGCGUGUACGAGAGCUGCACGACAUUGUGGUCGCUGUGGGCUGGUGUUGCGUCGCCCAAGCAGGCGGCAGACAUGGUGGCCAAGGCGUUGCCCAAGUUUGAGGCCUACGGCGGGUUGGUCUCGGGCACGGAAGAGUCUCGCGGCGAGAUCUCGCUGGAGAGGCCCAACCGGCAGUGGGACUACCCCUACGGCUGGGCUCCACAGCAGAUGCUGGCAUGGACGGGACUGCUCCGGUAUAGCUUCCACGAGGACGCGGAGCGUCUCGCCUACAAAUGGCUCUCCAUGAUCACCAAGGCAUUUGUCGACUUUAACGGCGUCGUCGUCGAAAAGUACGACGUCACGCGUCCCGUCGAUCCUCACCGGGUCGAUGCUGAGUACGGCAACCAGGGCCUAGACUUCAAAGGAGUUGCCAAGGAAGGGUUCGGCUGGGUCAACGCCAGUUACGUCUACGGGCUGCAGAUUGUCAACGCCCACAUGCGACGUGCUCUCGGCACACUGACGCCGUACGACACGUUUGUCAAGGCUCUCGAACAGAUGGAGGAGAAGCACCUUGCAGAGCUUUCUUGA